AUGACUCGUAUUCAACCACUUGUUACCUCUUCAAAGCCUAAUAGUGAGCAAAAACUACAGGAAAAGGUUCCAGGCAAAAAUUCAGACCAAAACGCUUCACCAGCUGAGGCACCAAGGAAAACGAUUCAGAGUCGUUCGAGGGUUUUAAGCUUUUUUUCUUCCAUCAAAUUUAUUCUUGUCUUUAUUAUAUUUCUCUUGAUAUUGUCAUGUACAGUCGUGUUUGACUCGAUAUGGAUAACAGCAUUCAGUUCAGAGGUUGGUACAUUGAGUGAGAAGGUGAGAAAAUCAGAAUUUGAUGUCAUUAUUUCCUACACAGAGACUUCUAUUAAGAAUGUGGUAUUGGCAACAGAAUCCACAAAAUCACAACUCGACCCUAAUUUUGAUUUCACUAAUCAAACUCUCAUAAUGGAUCGAACAUUUAGAUUGCAGAAAGUUAUUAAAUCUCACAUUGAUUUUCUGAACAUGCUCUCGAUUGGUGAUGCUAGUGGUAACAUGUAUGGAAUUACGGUUGACGAAACAUCAGUAAUGUACACAGCAGUGAAUCAGGGACAGAAUCAAAGCUAUUGGAAUUGUAUAGACCCAGAGCAUAACGAUGUUUGUAUCCAUCAAACAAAACCUGAUAGGGUGGUCAACUCAACUGAUUACACAUUCCUUUCUCAGACAGCUACAAGGAAUCCAGGGAAGACUAUUUUCUCUCCAUCAUUUGUUGCUUCAACAAACUCUAAUCAGUUGAAUAUUGCUUGUACCAGUAGCAUAUCAUCCUAUGGUAAAAUCAAUGAUUUUGUAACAAUAGUUAUGAAUCUUGAUGUUUUAUCAGAGUUCCUUUACAAACAAACAGUCAAUAUUACAGGAACUGUUGGGUUUGUAUUUGAAACACAAUCAAAAAACAUGAUUGCUUCAGGUUUUCUAGAAGACGUGUUCACAGAAAGAGAUUCCACUCGAAAGACAUUCUCAACCCAUGGGGGUGGUGUCACCAAAUUUGGAGAUCAAAUAGCUUUACAAUUCAAUAAUGAUUUUCAAAAUCUUGCUUGUAACACCAAUGUUACAGUUAUAAUUGAUGACACUUAUGUAUCAGUUCGAAGAAUGUGUAUUGAUGAAGGUAUUGAUUGGAUAUUAGUGUACAGCGUCCCAAAAUGGAAUUAUAUUGGUAAUAUGAUUUUUGCUAUUGUUUGUGCAAUUGUUGGGUCUGUUGUGGUAGUUAUAUUUGGAUUAACUAUGACAACUGUGUUUUCUAUUAUGGUUGUUAAGCCAUUCCAAAAUUUAAUAGACUCAUUUGAAUUGGUUUCGAAUAUGGAACUGGAUAAUUUUCGUUUGUCUAGGUCUUUACUCUCUGAAGUGAAAUCCUUGCAAGUUCACUUUAUAGGUAUGGUAGAAAGAAUUAGAUUGUACAGAAAAUUUAUUCCAGGUCACUUGUUGAGUAAGUUGGACAACAACAAUUCAGAAGAUGGAGAAGUUGAGAAAGUUGAAGAAACACCUUUGCAAGAAAAGCACAAAGACUCAUCCUCGUUUUCAAAUUCUAAUACUAACUCUCAUUCAGGCAUUCUUUCAAGAAAAUUACUCAAACAACAAAGUUCUGUCGUCAACAUGUUCUCUCUAUAUUUGGAAAAGAAGAGAGUUACUGCUGUUAGUGCCUUUUUGGACGGUGUCAAUAUUUUGUUCAACAAUGCCAAUCCAAAAGAGUGUCUUUCCAUUUUGACAGAUGUUUUUGAUGUUAUUAACUAUGUAGCAAAGAUUAGUAAUGGACAAGUUGGUAAAUUUGAAAAUGAAACAGUUACAAUUCUCUUCAAUGCUUCAGGUGAUCAACAUAAACAUGAAAUGAAGGGUCUUCAAUGUUGUCAUUCCUUAUUGAAAAAAUUGAUAACUUUACAGGAAAAUAAGCUAUCACAGCAUAUUGUUUAUGAGAAUAAUCCGACAUUGAAUUUGGAUUUCCAUAUUGUUGCAACAACUCAAGAAUGUAUGUGUGGUAAUGUGGGAACAAAGGAGAUUAUGAACUUUGGUGUUUUUGGAAGUGUUCAAUACAAUAUUCAAGGCAUGAUUGAAACUGCAAAAGAGUUGGAUAUUCCAAUAGUUAUUUCUCAUGAAUUAUUCCAGAAAAUUGACAACAAGUUUCAAGUUAGAUUUGUUGAUUUUAAGAAUUUUGUGUUGGAUGAUUAUUAUUCAUAUCCAAACAUUGCAGAUAAAAGUCAAAUUCACGCACCAAGAAAAGUUUACGAAUUGGGUGAAAGUAUUAAUAAUGAAGCUGAUGAAUGGAUGUAUGAAUUGAAUGCAAAGGAGAAGAAUGAACAAUGGAAUAUUUACAAUGAAGCAACUCAAGAAUAUUUCAAUGAGAAUUUCAACAAUGCUGCCACCUUACUUUCAAAAUAUUUACAAAAUAAUGCAAGUGACAAAGUUGCUAUCCAUUUGAAGAAAAAUUGUGAAAAGAGAAUGAACUUUGCAGAUCUAUAA